AUGGCAGUUCUGAGCCGCAGUCUCCCUGGAUCGGUUCCUCCCAGGAUCCCCAGGAAGCGGGCGCACCAGGACUGCUGUUUCCCUGGGAGAGCGGUCCUCCCGGCUCAGGGGCUUGCUCGGGGGGAAUCCCCGCCCACCUUGUCAUUCCUGCAGGGGAAUCCCCGCCCCCUGGGCCUGUCACUCCGGGAAGGUAGUUCCCGCCCCUCGAAUCCAGCAGAGGGAAGGAAUCCCCGCCCAUUCUGGAGGCUCGGAGCAUCCCUGCGCUGCGCUGCGCAGCGAGGAGCUCACUCCCAGCGCCAGAGCGUGCUGGCGGCGGGCAGUGGGACGCGGCGGGGCGGCUGCUGCGGGCGCCCUCCAAGCGCCCGACCGAUCGCAAGACGCUCGGGAUUGCGCCUACCGCGGCAACCGGCGAACCCCUGCGGCGCAGCUUCUCCGGGCAGGCGCGGCGGCGGCACCGGUGGUGGAAGGGGCGGCGGUAGCUGCGCCGGCACCGCCGGGCGGCGCCUGAGUCUGGACGCGCCAGGAGCGGCUCGAGCCUCCGCCGAUCCACGAACAGGUGUGAAUGAGCCCAGGGAAGAUGCUGCCACUGCAGAAGAAACAGCCGAUUUCCAUGUCAUUUGCAUGAACCCCGCUGUGAAACGAACCAAGCAAGGACUUGUUAGCUACUUCCUCCCUUCCCUUGCUGAGCACUCCUGAGCCUUUGUUCCAGAGUGGUUUAAUUGUGUCCUGUCCUUC